CAUGGUCAAAAUCUGAAUCCACGAAAACAAUUUUAAACGAGUACUAAAACACAUCAUCAGGUAUUUUGUUCUUGUUUUUGUUCUUUAGACAACCUUCGAAUUGUAAGAUAAAAAAAAACAUGGAAUCGGCAAGUCGCGAGGAAGACGGAGUAUGGAUCGUAGUUGAAGAUCAGGACCUCGAACUCGAUGGUAUGACUCUAGUCGCAGAUAGGGAAUCUGGAGAUAUCGUAGGCUUGUCAUCCCGGAGCUGUAGUAACGAACAAAAACGGAGCUCGAUGCCUUCAUUGAAGGACCACCCAAACUUGAAAGUAGUUGAUUUGCACAACUAUCGGUACAUGAGACACCUUCAUGAAUCCGUCUGUGAAUUGCCAGAUUUACGAAGGCUAACGUUAACGAGAUGUGACCUCCUACAGAAAUUACCUGCUUCUAUCGGGAGACUGGAUCAGUUAAUAGAGGUUAGUCAGUUUCCCAUUCAUUUUCUCGAUUGAAUAGGACCCGUGCAUCAGUUUUCUAAUUCAUCGCUCCAUAUGAAAUGCGCUUUAUUCUGUAGCUUGAUCUCUUUGACUCUUUUCAGUUGGCGGAGCUUCCCGAAGAAAUUUCUGGAUGCCGAAGGUAGGUCCAUUCUUCCGUGUGCAUCACGAAUGGAAAUUUCGAAGUGUUCUGCAACGCUCCUAGUAAUCGAUUACUUACAACGGUGUGCUUGAUUCGGGAUUCAUCAUCUUCACAUGCGUACGUACGUAUUUCUGAUUCUAAGUUUGAAGCGAUUGCGGCUCGGGGGAUCGCCAGGUGUUGCCAACAAGAGCCUUCAGCGGCUCCCAGAAUCUUUAGGGAAUCUUUUUUGUCUCGAGGAUCUGCAGCUUGAUAAAUGCAAGCGUUUAAAGACUCUCCCUUCCUCACUAGGAGGUCUCAGCAACUUGCUUAGAUUAUCUCUCAGGGAAUGCAAAGAGCUAAAGUUUCUGCCUCCCACAAUUGUCAGAUGUACAAAACUAGUAGAACUCAACCUUCUCAAGUGCAUUUCGUUAAAGGCGCUGCCACCAGAUAUUGGCGGACUGAGGCAUCUUGAAGAUCUCAACAUGAUGAAAUGCAAAGCCAUGAAACAAAUUCCUCCUAGCAUUGGGGCUUGUGAGUACUUGUCCUUUCUUGAUUUGAGAAAUUGCAAGAGUCUUACGGAACUUCCGGAUGAGCUUGGAAGUCUUAGUCGAUUACGAAUAUUGUAUUUAAGUGGCUGUACCGGUCUUUUGGAAAUACCAGAUCUGAUAGGAGACUUACCGAGGUUAGAAAAACUCGAAUUUGACUCAUGUACUUCGUUGGAGUCGAUUCCAGCAUCGUGCUCUAGGUUUCUGGAGGAAGAUAGAGCAGUAUAGGUAAUAUGACACCGGUGGAAACCUCACGAUAGGAGAAAACAUCGUGACACUUAGUUUACAUAUUGGAUAAGAUCUCCGAAUAAGCAACAAAUGAAAAUUGCCAUAAUAACCUUAUUAUUCAUCUGAAACCUUAUAUUGAUUUAUUUCUGAUUGUCAGAACCUUGAUAGAAGCACGUGACAGUGCCGAGUUACUGUAAAGUCAGUAAAGAAAGCACGUCAAGCUUCACAUAUUUCGAACUCUUUUCCUUUCAGAUUGAUCUCGUCCUUCUUGCUACCUUCAAUAUCGUUGGGGCAUUCGCCAGAGCAGCCGCUAUCAGAUGGUUCUCUGGUAUCUUCGUGGAUAGACAAGUUCUCAUUUGCGCCAUCUUCCUUUAUUUCUUCUAUAGUAUUUUCUAUAUCGGCCGAUCGACUGGCUGCGGCUUCGUCGCUUAACUCACUUGAUGGCUUCAUGCACAUUUUGUAUUUGAAAUAGUGCAGAGCCAGGCUAAAUGCCAUCCAAAUCCAGAAGCAGCACACUUGCAGCACGGUCCUUGUAUCGCUGUAACCAAAGGGUUUGAAAAUGGUCAUCGGAAGACGGUCUAUUGACCAGAAGUCACCAUGAAGUUCGUAAACGGUUUUGGUCUUCCCAUAAACCUUUUCGAAAUUGGUACAUCCGCCAGUGAAGAGCCCUGUAGAGAGCAAAAGAAACAGACCUACUGUAAAUAUUGUCAACGCCUUCGUGCUUUUGAAGUAAUGGUUUGCAUAGUAAAUGGAUACGCAAAUGAUUCCACCCACCAGAACACCGACUACAGCACUCAGAGGAAUAGCAAGUAUACCCUCUCCGGUUAGAAAGGAUGGGAUUAGAAAGACCCCACAUUCGGCGACCUCGCGCCAAAUGUUCCAAGCCACAUUGAAUCGAAUGGAUCGUAGCGACAUGCCCUGCGAGUCCAUUGUUUCGUCAAGCGGUUCAUUGUUCUUGAUUUUCUUCAACUGAGCUUUGCUGUAGUAGAGACCGAAGAAUUUUGGCAUUUUCAGGGACAGCUGAAGAAGACAGAUUGCCGCCACGAUCUUGCUGACCCCUUCGAUUAUCUUGGCCGUGCUGGGUUCAAAAUCUAAGGACAGUAUAGCAAGUGGAAUAGCGAUGGCCGCACAGACGAUAAUCGCAACAAGUGCAGCCAAAAGAGCCGACACGGACACCGCUCUGAGGGCUACUUGCUGCGUGAUAGCCGAGUUUUCCCAAUUCGACCGCAUGAUCACCGUCCGAUAUUCACCAAUAAUGAUCCCGCCCUCAAGAGUUUCUCUCGCAAAGAUGGUGAUCACAGCAAAAUCGAGUAAUGCUUGUGACGACACCAUAUUUAUAUUUUAUACGCGAUACUUUGCUAAUGUUGCAGCUGUUGGUAUCCUACUGUUUUAAUUUCAGCUUUGGAUUUGCUCCCCCACGAUGUUUUUAGUCUUAACGGUAUCGAAGUAGACCUGAUACAGCCGGUCUCGCUGGAUUAGUCCUAUCGAUAUAGCACUUGAG